AUGGUAGAUUCGAAACAAGUUGGAACGCCUAUGUGUGCAUUCACAAAACUUGACAAAGAUGAACAAGGGGUUAUACCUCAUGGGAUUGGUGACCUUUCAAAAUUGGAGAUGCUAUACUUGAGUGAAAAUAGUUUAAGAGAUCCCCUCCCACAGGAGCUCUCCAACAUUUCAGCUCUUAGAGAAAUAUCCAUAGAAGGUAAUGGCUUUUCGGGCAUUCUUCCUUCCACUUUAGGUGUUACGUUACCCAAUCUUCAAGCGCUUUAUCUUGGGAACAACAAAUCCACUGGAAUAAUAUUGCCAACUCUUUCCAAUGCCUCUAAAUUGAAGAGUCUAGACUUGUCAGGGAAUAAAUUUAUUGGUGCAAUUCCUGAUUCUCUUGGUAACCUAAGGUUCCUAGAACUCUUAGAUCUUUCAGGAAACAAAUUUACUGUGUCUGGAGACAUGAGCUUCUUCAGUUUUAUAGGAAAUUGCAGGUAUUUGAGAUUGUUGUGGCUAGAUGAAAAUCCACUGAAUGGAAAUCUUCCAGUGUCUAUUGGAAAUCUUUCCAAAUCUCUUGAAGAAAUUCAUAUGUUUCAUUGUGGAAUUGGAGGUGAAAUUCCCAAGUCACUAGGCAACUUGAGCAACUUGGAUUACGUAAACUUAGGAAGCAAUGGCUUGACAGGAUCAAUCCCAAGUUCCAUCUCAAGUUUACUAAAUAUUCAGCGGAUAAGUUUUAGAGAUAACAAGAUACAAGGACCAAUUCCAAGCACUGAUCAAAAUGAAUCUAUCAAUGAAUCGGUUAUCUGGUGA